AUGAAAGAUGACAAUGGUCGAUCACGUGAUGGGAUUGGACAAGUAAGCUGCGUAAAGGCGAUGAAAGGCCUCAACCUAGGUGGCGUCGUGGACUUUUGCCGUGUGCUGACACGCCAACCGCAGCUUCUUUUACCACAAGUGUCUGUGAAAGAUGUGACAGAAGUGCCAUUCCAGACGCUUCAAGACCGGGGAUUUCGUGGCGUUAUAUUUGACAAGGAUAAUACCUUAACAGUACCGCAUACAGUAGAAAUUGCACCUCAUUUGAAGUCUUCUUUGGCUGAAUGCCGACGAGUGUUUGGGGACUCGGGUGUUGUUAUUUUCUCCAAUUCAGCUGGAUCUGUGGACGACAAGGAUGGAGUGAAAGCUAAGCGAAUCGAAGAUGAAUUGCAGAUUGCUGUGCUUCGUCACAAUCACAAGAAACCUCGAGGCAUUGAAUAUGUGAGAAAACACUUUACUGAAAUCGACACGAAGAGACUGAUUAUUAUCGGUGAUCGGUACUCGACAGACGUGCUGUUUGGGAAUCUCAAUGGACUCCUGACGAUUCGGACAGAGCAACUUACAUUUGAGAGUGAAAGUGUUGUUAAUCGACAGCUGCAGCGCAUUGAAAAAGCAGCUGUGCGAAUGCUGAUGCGUGCCGGAGUGAAGCCGCCUGCACAUCCAUUAUGGGAUGACGUUGACACGAAGGCGUAA